AUGACUAUUUCAAAGAUACCAAUAUGGCUUGAUUGUGACCCGGGACACGAUGAUGCAAUCGCUAUACUUCUAGCAUGUUUCCAUCCAGCAUUUAAGCUUUUAGGUGUCAGUGCUUGCUAUGGUAACUCGACGCCACAAAACACAUACUACAAUGCAUGCUCACUAUUGACUGCAAUGGGUAAAUCUAUUCCUGUAUACCGAGGAGCACAGAAACCUUGGGUUCGUCAGGCUGAGUAUGCCCCAGAUAUUCAUGGAAUAUCUGGUUUAGACGGUACCUCAUUACUUCCUAUACCCAUAUCCACAUUAGAGCACGACAAGACAUAUCUGGAAGCAAUGGAAGAAGCAAUACUUACAAACGAAGGAGAAAUUUCGUUUCUCUCGACCGGUUGUUUGACAUCUACCGCUACAUUACUAAGAGACAAACCAUAUUUGAAAGAGAAAAUCAAAUAUAUUAGUAUAAUGGGGGGUGGAUUUGAUAUUGGCAACAAGAAUAUUAACUGUUCGGCAGAGUUCAAUAUAUGGGCAGACCCACACGCAGCCAACUUUGUAUUUCAUGACCCCCACGUUAAAGAUAAAUGUAUUCUGGUGCCUUUGAAUCUAACGCAUACAGCAAUUGCUACGGAAACGAUAGACAAAGAGAUUCUGGGAGACGGCUCAUCUAACUUAAGGCGAUUAUUCUUUGAAUUGUUUCAAUAUUUCCGCCACACUUAUAAGGAUCUACAAGGUUUUGAUCAAGGUCCACCAGUUCAUGAUCCAUUAACCCUAAUGCCUCUAUUAGAGUUUUUUGGAUGGAGUUCACAUUCUGAUGUUCAAUUCGACUAUAAACGAAUGGAUAUUAAUGUUGUGGAUGAUGUGUGGAGUCCGGAUGCUGGUCGCACCUAUUCAAUAAAAGAUUAUCCAAAAGAGGGAAAAACUGGAACUAUCGUUGGUUUGCAUUUAAACAUACCCUUUUUUUGGGAACAAGUCUUAGCUGCACUAACGGAAGUAGAUAAAACGUCAACAAUUGAGAUUUAA